GAUUUAAUCAUUGUUUACUGAUCUUAUUGAUUGAAGAAAAGCCAUGAAUCAAAUUCUUCAAUUUGUUUGUUUUGUUUAUCUAUUAUCAUUGUCAACAUUGUUUAUCAAUUGCCAUGAAGAAAGUAGAUGUGAUUUUCAAACACGUGAAUGUGAUUGGAAAUUAUCAUCAAAUUGGAAAUGGAAACCAAUUUCACAUGAUCAACGAUCAUUACAAUUGAAUUCAACACCAUCAAAUGUUUCUAAAAAAGGUAAUGGUUAUGAAUUGGAAAAUCAUCUAAAUGGUGGUGAAUAUAUGGAAUCACCGGAAUUAUUUCCAGAAUCUGAAUCGGAAAAUUUUUGCUUUAUUUUUGAUUAUUAUUUUAUGAAUGAUGGCCGUAAUGAUCAGAAUAAUUUUACUUUAUAUUUUAUUGAUGGUGAUCAAAAACAACAAAAAAUAUGGAUAUCACCAAUGCUUUAUGGUGAUUAUUGGCGUCAAUCAUAUGUUAGUUUUGCAAGACCAACAUCAAAAUCAUUUAAAUUAAAAUUUAUUGCCGAUAGUGAUGGUGGUUUAGCAGCCGUAAAAUUUUUUCGUCUUUUAUUUGAUGAAUGUCCAAAAAUUGGUGGUGUUUGUGAUUUUGAAACCGAUAAUUGUGAAUGGAAAUCUUCAUACGAAGGUGGUCUUACAAUUGAACGAGAAAUAGCAUCGCAUACUAAUUCACCGAAUGAUAUUGAUCAUACAACAUUAUCACCGAAUGGACAUGUUUUAUUUGCAAAAUCUAAUCCACGAUCUGAUCCAAAAGCUACAUUAACUAGUCCAAAUUUUAGUGAAUAUUUAAAUCAACAAUGUUUUCAAUUUUGGCUUUAUGUUAAUGGUCCAAUUGAUUAUGCACAAUUAUCAUUAUAUCAUCGAACAAAUGAUCAAUUUGAAGGUGAUAAAGAAAUUUGGAAAUUUUAUGCUACACAACAAAUGGCCGAAGAAUGGAAUCGUUUUCAAGUUUUUAUCGAUUUUUAUUAUUAUCCUAGUUCAAAUCUUGAAUUUCGUCUUAAAUAUAGUGGUAGUGGUUCGAUAUUAUUUGAUGAUUUUUCUAUGAUAUCAUAUAGAUGUCCAAUGAAAAUAUCCUGUAAUUUUCUUCAACAUACAUGUGGUUGGAAAAAUAAUCAAAAUAAUGAUAAUCCAUUAAUGUGGAGUAUUGGAAUUGGACGUGUACAUGAUGUAACAAAAUUGACAUUUUUAAAUUCAACAAAAAAUUUUAUCUAUCAUACAAAACCAUUAUUGUAUACCGAUUUUACCGAACUACCUGAUGGUAAAAUUGGUCAAAUGCAAAUGAUCAGUGAAAUUGUUGAAGAAGGUAUAUCAAAACAUGGUGCUUGUUUACGAAUGGAUUAUGAAGUAUGGUCAUUUGAUUCAAAUACCGAUAUGUUUAAUUUAAAUUAUCAAACAUUUUGGGGUAGAGCAGAAACAAAAGAAAAAGAAAUCUGGCAUUUCAAUUCAAAUGAUCGUGGAAAUAAUACUGUAACAUUACAAUUGCCAUAUACACAUGGUGAAUUAUUUCGUUUGAUUUUAACAGCUAAAUCCGCACAUUCAUCAACAUAUAUUACUGUUAAGGAAAUUCAAUUUUGGGAAAAAUCAUCAGUGAAUGAUGAUUGUAGUAAAAAACCAGAUAAUUUUAAAAAUGUUGUUCUUUCAAAAAAUUAAAACCUAUGUCCAGCUCGGUAUUCUGAUUUUCUUUUCAAAACAAA